GAAGGAGAGGCCUACUCAGCAUUCCAAAAGCUUUUAAUUCCACCCUACCCUUAAUACUUGCUGAGCUCAACAAGCACAGGGUUAUGUAAGACAAAGCUCAAAUUAAGAAAACCCCAGGAUCCUGAACCAAAAUGUGGGUUGUUGUGUGAUUUUUAUUGAAAAGUGGAUGUCUACCUAGGUAAAAGGAAGUUGAGAUGAACAGCAUUCCUACAGAAAGAUGUUAGAAUUAAUACGGGAACAUGUCGGCAGCAGGGCCAAUCCCAUCCAGCAUCGGAGGUUACAUCAGAAUGGUGCAUCUCCUGGAAGAGGAGGUCAGAGCUCGUUGGGGGAUAGAAAUGCUCCUCCUUGUAAUCAGCUAUGUGAAUACAUGUGAAUGUUUUGAAAGUGACAUGAUUUCAGUGAUAUCAGCUAGGCCAAGAGUGUCAAACUUGACUUCAUUGAGGGCCACAUCAGCACUGUGUUUGACCUGGGGGGGGGCUGGGGUGAGCAUGGCCCGCUUGACAUCACUCCUAUCGGGGCACCUGUGAUGGCCCGAGUGUUCUGCCAGCGAAAAUGGACUCCUGAGCUCUGUUUUUGGCUGCAAUGGCCUCCUGCAACCCUCUGUCAGUGAAAAUGGAGCGGGGAGGGGGCGCGUGCGGCCCUCCCAAGCUCCAUUUUCACUAACAGAAGCAUAGUGGGGUGGUCCUUUGCUGUUUCUAGGGCAGCCCUGCGGGUCAGAGCUAACAUCCUGCGGGCUGGAUCUGGCCCCUGGGCCUUGAGUUUGAUACCCCUGAGCUAGGCCCUACUAUGAUGGUAUGUGGGAAAGAUCUUGGGAGAGAGGAGGAAGACCUAUAACCAAGUCAAUGGUCUGAUAAGAGGCAGUUCAUUCCAUAGAUGGGAGAAAAGCUUGGGAACCCUUCCAGAAGGGACUCUCCCUCAUUUUUCAUAGAUGACAAAGAGGGAAAUGCUUUCGGUCUUGCAAGAUCCUUUUUGUGUAACCUUAUAAUAAAGUAGAUUUUGUUCAUCUGGGGUGCUUCUUAUUUGGACUACCUCAAAAAGCUGACACCUAUGCACAGGCUGUGUGUGAAUGCCUCUUCUUUAGAAUCGUGAACCACUUUCUCCAUUUGAAAGAAAUCACUCCAACAAGAGUGAAGAAUAUAUUCCUUCUUCCCCUCGCAACAACCUAUUAAUUAUUUUUCCUGUAUUCACACUACUUACUAAAUAGAUCCACUUUCUGGACUGGAACUAUACAUGGAACCAUAAACUUUCGUAAUGAAUCAGGUUCACAUAACAUGUUCAGACACAAGAAAGCCUAAUCAGCAUGUUAUAUAAAUGCACAUGCUAGUUCUUUAAAUUACUUGAAUUCAGUGGCAGGUAUAAAGUCUGUCUCAGUCACUCCCUUUUAAGAACAUUAAAUGUAUUUCUCGCUGAACUCUCUCAAUAACCCGAAGAAAGUUUUUCACAAGCAUUUUUUAAUCUGAUGGCUAUCAGUUUGUGGAAUAAUUCCUGAGGCUGCCUUUUUCAGCCUUGGUAUCACUCAGAUAUCACAGCAGUGGUGGGCUGCUACCGGUUUGCCCUGGUUCGAGCAAACCCGUAGUAAAGGCAGGAAGGUCCACCCACCCGCCCGGACAACAUGAAAGCUUCUGCGCAUGCGCGAGUGAACCAGUAGCAAAGAACACAUUGUUCCAGAAGUCCUGGUCUUUAUCUAAGUGUUUGUGAGUGAGUCUUACCUGAUGUUCUUUCAUCCUGGCACCCAAUGUUUUCAUGACUGUUAUCUGCAGAGAGAAAGAGAUCCACCCCUGGGUGUAGCUGGAUUCACUGAAGAAUAGAAGUUAAUAGCUGCUCCCAACAAUGGCCUCCACUCUCUAUUUGUCACCCAGUGGCUGAAUAUAAAAGAGGCCCCAGAGCAAAGUGCCAAGCAGAUGAAUGCUUCUGACUGCUUGAUACCUUGAGGUCUUCGACAAGAAACCAAUUGCUUGAUUCAGCAUCAUGAGCACUUCUCACCUAAGCAACAGAGCCGAGAGCCAUUUCCAGGCACAAGAAGAACAUGAACUGGAAACUCUAGGGAAGAAUGCAUGGGACAAUCCGGUGUACAACGGCUCCCCUUCCUCUUCCUCCUUGAAAAUCAGAGCAAUCUACAACCCCAAAUCCAUUUUGGAAAAUCCCUACGAGAAUAUCGAAAAGUUGACCGGCUCUUUAUCCUACCCAAAGGACAGGAAGGCUACUGAGGAAGCAAGGAAGAAAGAGACCCCCUUCCUAGGAUGCUGCUACUAUGUCUUCAAAGGCAUCCGAGGGCUUUGGGGUACAACCUUGACUGAAAAUACCAGUGAGAAUCGAGAGCUUUAUGUGAAGACUACACUGCGUGAACUUCUGGUCUAUAUUGUAUUCUUAGUGGACAUCUGUUUGUUGACCUAUGGGAUGACGAGUUCAAAUGCCUAUUACUAUACCAAGGUGAUGUCUGAACUCUUUCUGCAGACUCCCUCAGACAGUGGUGUCUCCUUCCAGACCAUUGGAAGCAUGGCUGACUUUUGGCGAUAUACACAAGGACCUUUCCUGGAUAGUUUGUAUUGGACUAAAUGGUAUAACAAUAAAUCUUUGGGCUACAAUGCACAAUCAUAUAUCUAUUACGAGAACUUACUUCUUGGUGUCCCACGGCUACGCCAACUCAAGGUUCAGAACAACUCCUGUGUGGUGCACGAUGAUUUCAAAGAAGAUAUUGCUGGUUGUUAUGAUGUCUACAGUGAAGAGAAAGAGAACACGUCACCCUUUGGACUCUUGAAUGGUACAGCGUGGCAAUAUUACACGGAGCAAGAACUCGAUGGCUCUUCCCACUGGGGCAGAUUAACAAGUUACAGUGGAGGAGGCUAUUAUGUAGACCUCAAAAUAACCCGGGAAGAAAGCGCCGAAACUCUGCAAAUCUUGAAAGAAAACCUAUGGCUGGAUCGGGGGACCCGUGCGAUUUUUAUGGAUUUCUCCGUGUAUAAUGCCAAUAUCAACCUGUUCUGUGUCCUCAGGUUGGUGGUGGAAUUCCCUGCCACCGGGGGCGCCAUUCCCUCAUGGCAGAUCCGGACCGUGAAACUCCUCCGGUAUGUCAGCACUUGGGAUUUCUUCAUUGUCUCUUGUGAAAUUGUCUUCUGCAUCUUUAUCUUCUAUUAUGUUGUGGAAGAAAUCUUGGAACUGCACAUUCACAGGCUUCAGUACUUCACCAGCAUCUGGAACAUUUUGGAUAUAGUGGUCAUUUUGCUUUCUAUUUUAGCCAUUGGAUUCCACAUUUUUCGUACCAUUGAAGUCAACAGGUUGAUGGGGCAGCUGCUAAGAAACCCCAACAUCUACGCAGACUUUGAGUUUCUGGCUUUUUGGCAAACCCAGUACAACAACAUGAAUGCUGUGAACUUGUUCUUUGCCUGGAUCAAGAUAUUCAAAUAUAUUAGCUUUAACAAAACAAUGACCCAGCUGUCCUCCACUCUUGCUCGCUGUGCCAAGGACAUCCUGGGUUUUGCCAUCAUGUUCUUCAUUGUCUUUUUUGCCUACGCGCAACUGGGUUAUCUCCUUUUCGGAACCCAAGUGGAAAACUUCAGCACCUUUGUUAAAUGCAUCUUCACCCAAUUUCGCAUCAUUCUUGGUGAUUUUGACUACAAUGCUAUUGACAAUGCCAACAGAAUCUUGGGGCCCAUAUAUUUCGUCACUUACGUCUUCUUUGUCUUCUUUGUGCUAUUGAACAUGUUUCUGGCUAUUAUAAAUGACACCUACUCAGAAGUAAAAGAGGAACUUUCAAACCAGAAGAAUGAACUGCAGCUAUCAGACAUCCUGAAACAGGGCUAUAACCGGACACUGAUGAAGCUGAAGCUGAAAAAAGACCGAAUCUCUGAUGUGCAGAAAGCUUUGCAGAAAGGAACCAAAGAACUGGAAUAUGAAGACUUUAAGAACAGUUUGAGAGAGCUGGGUCAUGCAGAACAUGAAAUUACAGCAGCCUUUGCAAAAUUUGAUAAAGAUGGGAAUCAGAUCCUUGACGAGGAAGAGCAGAAGAGAAUGCGGAAUGAUCUGGAGGAGAAGAAAGUCGCUCUGAAUGAAGAAAUCGAAAAUUUGGGGAAAUCCUUCAGGGACAACACUUUAGACAAUACUCUUGGUUUUGCAGAGGCAAAGAAUAAUCAAGCAAACAAAACCAGCCGAAUUUCUGAGGAAGAAUUCCAAAUACUCCUGCGGCGAGUGCUAAAGUUGGAGAAUUCUGUUGGUGGCAUCAUAACCAAGACAGAAGCCUUGGUAAUUAAAUUGGAAGACCUUGAAAGGAGCAAAAUGAAGAAAAAAGACUCAGUUCCUGAGGGAGACCGACUGAUUCAAGACAACCUGGCUCCACAGACUGCUGAACGGGUUGUUGCAGACGAAAGUGGAUUGGAAGCAGCCCCUGUGCAGGAGAAUUAUAUCAGUGUGAACUCUCUGAACAGGAGUCAGGGGGUCUACCCCCUUCUGUCCAGAUUAGACCUAUUAAACUCUCAAACUCCCAAAUCCAUCCAGUUCAAAUCUAACAGGAAUUUCUAGCUUAUUCCUGAAUACACGUGGCAUUAAUUACUCUUGCUUUUUCAUUAUAUUUAGACCAGUAAAGCAUUUUAUGAUGUUUUCAUCCAGCCUCUAGGAAUAUCUUUGGCCCUCUCUUUACAAAAAGGUGCUUUUGGGGUAGGGACCCCAUUCAUGUCAGAACUGAGUGGGUGAGCAGUUCUUUUAACCUUUUUGUAAACUCUACUAGUCUUAUUGUUGGGUGAUUGAUGCAGAAGGGACAAAGCAGAAGGGUCUUGGCAGAUUUAUCUACAGUAUUUGGCCAUAUAUGAACAAAUGAAAUUAAAAAGGAAACGUUCUCUGCGUUUUAAAAUUUGUAUUCCAGUGGUUUUAAACAGUGGUAGGUUUCAAAUUUUUUUUUUUUUUUUUGUCUUAAAAAGUUUUAUUUUGACAUUCUUAUCCAAUAACAUAUCCAAUAACAUAUUUAAUGUACCCUCAUAUACAAUUAAUCGGAUCUGCCUGGUCACCACCCCCUUCCUUUUCCUUUUACUCUCCUUCUUUACCUUCUUCUACUUUCCAUAACCAUCCUCCCCCUC